UUCACUUUUGGAAAUAUUAGAGAUUUUUCUGCAAAAUUUCCACAGAUUGCUUGACUAAGUGAAGAUCCAGAGAGAUAUUAAUCAUGGGUUGUCACAAAAGAAUGCAUUAAGACAUGUUAGGUUGAGUUGCCCACAGAUUAAAUAAAGGAUUGCUCAAAAAAUUCUAUCGUUCAUGGAGAAUAAGCAGAGUGAAGUAGUAAUGGAGAGCAAUCAACUAAAGGAAACUACGAGGAAGCUGAUAUCUGAUAGAUUUUCGCAUCUCACAAAGCUUCCAGAAAAUUACAUUAGAGCUUCUGGUGAAAGACCAAGACUGCAUGAAGUGGUCAAUGUAUGCACGUCUAUACCUGUGGUCGACAUGAAAGGUUGGUGGUCGAAUAACUCUUCGACUACAAGUCGAAGCCAGGUAGUGAAUGAUAUUGGGCGUGCAUGCCAAGAAUAUGGAUUCUUCCAGAUUAUAAAUCAUGAUAUUCCAGACAGUUUAAGCAAGAAGAUGCUUGAAGUUGCAGCUGAGUUUUUUGAGAUGCCAAUAGAGGAUCGAAUACAAUGGUAUUCUGAUGACCCUUCACAGACAACUCGGGUGUCCUCAAGCUUCAAUAUAACCAAGGAAGGGGUUUUGAACUGGAGGGACUACCUCAGACAUUACUGUUAUCCUUUAGAGGAUUAUGUUCACACUUGGCCUUCAAACCCUUCUAAUUACAGAGAAGUAGCCAGUGAAUACUGCAGGGAGGUAAGGUCAUUAGUUCUAAGAUUGUUGGAGGCAAUAUCUGAGAGCUUGGGGCUUGAAACAGACUUCUUGAACAAAGCUAUUGGAAGCCAUGGACAACAUAUGUGCUUAAACUACUACCCAAAGUGCCCAGAUCCAGAGCUCACAUAUGGUUUACCACCUCAUUCAGAUCCAACAGUACUCACAGUUCUUCUUCAAGAUGGUGUGCCAGGAUUACAAAUUUUUAAGAAUGGGCAAUGGAUUGCUGUUAACGCCGUUCCUAAUUCUUUUGUAGUAAAUGUUGGUGAUCAAAUAGAGGUAAUAAGUAAUGGGAAAUAUAAAAGUGUGGUACAUCGUGCUGUAGUGAAUUCGAAUGAAGCAAGAAUUUCUAUUCCGACAUUUUAUUUUCCUUCCGAGGAUGCAACUAUAGAACCUGCACCUGCUUUGGUUGACUUUGAGCCUGCUUUAUUUAGAAGUUUCAAAUAUAAAGAAUACUAUUCAAAAUUUUGGAGCAAAGAAUUGGAAGGUAAAAGUUGUUUGGGCUUUUUUAAACAUAACGAUUCACCACCCAUUUGAUAUUGAUUCAAUGUAAUUUAGAUUUUAUAUUUUAUGUUUCAAUUGUUGGACAAUUUUCAUUAUUGUAAAACAUGUAUAAUUAUAAUAAUAAAUUCCUAUAUCCUAUUUUUAUG